AAAUUGACCAAGAUAAUGUAUAGCACCAGCAGUAGAGCAUUUGUUCAAGUUGCUGUACACAUAAGUUUAAGUUGCUGUACACAUAAGAAGUCAUACAGAUCCGCCAUCUCUCUCUGACCUGCGCCGAAAACACACACACAGCCACAAAGAGCCCUCGCCGCCUCCGCCUCCGCCUCCGGCGGAGGGUGCCGCCCUCAGCCACCACGGCCCCCUCUCGACUAUCUCUGUGUUCUCAUACUACACAGACACCCAAAUCGCCGUCUCUACGCCAUCGUCACGAGCAGCAGUAGCUGCCCCGACCGACUUCUCCUCUUUCCCUGUUCAAAACCUAGAUCCCCAAAUAGCCACUCCCCCUCAUUCGAUGGCAGCAGCCGCUACCACGGCCACCGCCCUCGCCCGCUCCCCUCAAAGCGGCGAGCAGUUCGCUCCUUCACCAACUCUCUCACUGUACAAAAUGCUAUGCCUUACAAGCAGCGUCUGAAUCCGGCCGUGGAUAUGUGGAUUGGGGAAAUGGCGGGCGGCGCGUGAUAUUCUUGGAGGCAGAAAAGGAGAUCUUGAGGGAUACUGCGAGGUUUUGAAGAGGAGCUAGUGGAGUGGGGAGGAGAGGUGGAGAUUAUGGACAGGGCGGGUGGGUCGCGAAAAUGGGUAAAAUUCUUGGCAGGACUGAUCCGGUCUCAUGCAAGAGCAGCUCAAUAUUGGGCCGGGUUCCGAAGGUCCGAAGUCCUAAGCAUAUUUGACUUUGACUUUUCCGAUUCAUUUCCUACUAUAUUUUAAAGCAAUCAAGAGUGACCAGCCGAAAUAUUUAUGGAGCUGGACAUGUGAUCAGAUUUGAACAUGGCGCUCUUCCUUUUCACUACAAUCCUCUGCUCCCUGCUACAAUCCAUCCCCUUUCAAAGUUCAACUGUUGGAGCAGUUGAUGAUCACAUACUUUUCCCAAAUCUAACACUUGUUCUUGGGCAGACUCUCAUUUCUCAAAACCAAAUUUUUGAAAUGGGUUUCUUCUCGCCUGGAAAAUCUUCAAACAGAUUCUUGGGAAUAUGGUACAAGAGCACACCACAAGUUGUAGUCUGGGUUGCAAACAGAAACCAUCCCAUCACUGCCUCACAACCGCCACUUUUCAUGAUUUCCGGAAAUGGAAGUCUUGUCAUUAGCAGUGGCAAAAGCAUUAUCUGGUCGGCUAGUUCAUCAGAGGUGGCAUCAAAUCCAUUUUUAGAGCUGCUUGAUUCUGGAAACUUGGUUCUUGUAGACAAGACGAGAACGGUAUGGCAGAGUUUUGAUUACCCAACUGACACCAUGUUACCUGGAAUGAUAUUGGUGGAUGAUGUUCAUGCUGGUGUGGAAAGGAAUUUGACAUCAUGGACAAGUCCAGACGAUCCAUCUCCUGGUGAUUUUGUUCACAAGAUCCAAAACCGGGGCUUGGCUGAUUUGGUAACUCUCAGAGGGGAAAGCAAAAGAUACCGACUUGGACAGUGGAAUGGGCAAUACUAUGGCGGUGGCCAACGCUUUCCGAGUGCCAUUUACAAACCAGAGUUAAUUUUCAGACAGGAGAAGUUGAUAUCCGUAGGAGAGCCCUACGACAGCUCACUUCUGGUAAGAACUAUUUUGGACACAUCUGGUACACUCCUGCGUCAUACCAUGAACGCCAGAAAAGACAAGUGGAAUCUUGCCAUCACAUUUCCUCAAGAAUCGUGCGAUGAGUAUGGCAGUUGUGGUCCUAACAGUAUCUGCAGAUCCGACAGGCCAGUUAGAUGCCAGUGUUUUAAGGGUUUCGCCCCAAAGUUCCAAAAGGAUUGGGACCUUCAAGAUUGGUCGGGCGGAUGUACUAGAACUAAACCGUUGAAUUGUGAGGGUGGAGAUGGAUUUCAAGAGAUUAGAGGGGUGAAGUAUCCUGAUAUGUUGAGAUUUUGGUUAAAUACAAGCAUGAGCCUCGGUGAGUGCAAAGCUGAGUGCUUCAAAAACUGUAGUUGCACUGCAUAUGCUAAUCCGUUCAUUACAAACGGAGGCAGCGGCUGCUUGAUGUGGUUUGGUGAUCUCAUGGAUACCAAAGGACUUUCUGCAGCAGAUAGUAAGCAGAACAUCUAUAUCCGUGUGCCACUUUCUGAACUAGAUUUUAGCACAAGUGUAGAGGAGGAGGAGAAUAAAAGGCCUACUAAAUUCAUACUGGUAUCAAUUGCUUCUGGUGUUCUUGUCUCAGCCAUUAUCAAUGGAGGUGUACUUUUUAUGUCAACACGAAAGAGGCAAGCUGUAAAAAGGAAUAACGAGGAUCUAGAAUUACCUGUGAUUAAAAUGGCAACGAUUGUGCAAGCAACAAAUAGUUUCUCUGUGGAAAACAUGAUUGGAGUUGGAGGUUUUGGUCCUGUUUAUAAGGGGAACAUGCCCUCAGGAGAAGAAAUAGCAGUCAAAAGAUUGUCGAGAUCUUCACGACAGGGUCUUGAAGAGUUCAGAAAUGAAGUUAUGGUAAUUGCAAAACUUCAACAUAGAAACCUUGUCAGACUUUUAGGAUGUUGCAUUGAAGAAGAGGAAAGGAUGCUGAUCUAUGAAUACCUACAGAACAGAAGUCUUGAUCUCUUUGUUUUUGAUCACAGUGGGAGAACACUAUUGACAUGGCCUAAGCGUUAUGACAUUAUCAUGGGAAUUGCAAGGGGACUGCUAUAUCUCCAUCAUGAUUCCAGAUUAAAGAUUAUUCACAGGGAUCUCAAAACGAGCAAUAUUUUACUAGAUGGACCUUUAACUCCAAAAAUAUCAGACUUCGGCUUAGCAAGAAUAUUUGAAGAGGAUCAAUCUCUUGCUAGAACAAAAAGAGUCAUUGGGACAUUUGGAUAUAUGGCUCCCGAAUAUGCAAUGGAUGGAAAAUUCUCGGUGAAAUCUGACAUCUUCAGUCUUGGAGUGGUUUUGUUGGAGAUAAUUAGCGGCAAAAAGAACAGAGGAUAUGGAGAAUCAGAUCACUAUCUUAACCUCUUGGGCCAUGCAUGGUUGCUAUGGAAAGAGAACAAGAUUCUGGAGUUGAUGGAUGAAUGUUUGAAUGAUACAUUUGAGGAGUGUGAAGUGAAGAGAUGCAUGCAAGUGGGAUUAUUAUGUGUUCAGAAAUUUGCAGAAGAUAGGCCAAACAUGUCAUCAGUGGUUUCAAUGUUAGGAAGUGAAGGAGCAGUUUUGGCAGAACCAAAAGAGCCUGGCUUUUUCAUGGAAAGAAGUUCGAGCCCGUUGGGCAGUAGUGCAUCACCGUCGUAUAUUGAGUCAGAGAAUGAAACAAUCACAAUUACUGAAUUAGAAGCCAGAUGAAGACACCCAACAACAUUCUGCAAUUACUCUCAAUGUAAUUAAUAUACUAGUAUUAUUAAUCGAAAAUUGGAUGGAAUGGAGUUUGAGUUAGAAGAAGAAAUCAAAAUUUUGAUUGAUUUA